AUGAUUUUGAUUACUGAUCAAUGAUUGUGAAUUUGUAGAACCGUUCAGGGCUUUCACCUCUUCCUCCAGAACCAGUUGCUUUCAACAAUGGUUGUGAUGCAAAUCAUGAUAUCUCUCUUGCUAUAGUUACUAGACCCAAUUUUAAGGAAUUGAAGAGGAAAGGGAGGGAGAUUGGCCAUGGUAGUUGAACGUAACCAACAACAGGAGGUAUAUCACGGAGAUUGAACUUGUGAAACAUGCAGACUCUUACAAGUUUCACUGAUCUGUUUCUUUUAGGAUAUACAACACAGGAAGUGAAGCAGGAAAGAAGAGGAUUUAGCAAGAGAUUGGCCACCAUUUGCCCCAGUUGUUCAUAAUGAUAUUGCAAAUGAUAUGUUGAUUUAUUGACAAAAGUUGAUGUUUAUUGCCCUUCCAUCAUUCUUAGGAUUGGUUAUGUGCUUUUUCUGGAAUGACAUAAUUGCUACUGUAGCAUGCAUCAAAGGGGAAAGAUGGAAGCAUCAUACUGGGGAAUUGGAUCUCGUCUUCCCAUCAUGAUGAUAGUUCGCAACAUCUUACAAGAACUAAAGAUCAACCAUUACUGUUUUGAACAUAUACACAAUUGUCAAAAUAUCAAAAACAUGUUCAUAUAUCUAUUUAUGCCUUAUGGUGAACAGAAGGGAAAAACUCUUGACAGGAAACAGAGAUUUGACGCUAAAGAUUUUGCUGAUUGUGUUUUCAUUGGUUUUUACUCGGACUAUCUAAUACAUGUAAUGAGAUUAU